AUGGGUAUUCAUGAUGCAUUCACAACAAACGCUGAUUUCUCGUCGAUAUCGAACGAUCGCGAUGAGAAUCUCUUCCUUUCCGGCAUCUAUCAGAAAACAAUAUUUGAGAAAAGAAAUGAGUUACAGAUUAAUGAGAACGGUACAAUGCCAUCGGACGUUCGAAGACCAAAUCUACGACCGCUGAAGAGAAUGCUUUGGCAAGGCGGUCAUAUCAAGUUCAUCGCUGACCAUCCGUUCUGGUUUGCGAUUGUCAAGCAGAAUUUAUUCUUGUUUAUUGGCAGUUUCACUGGAUGA